AUGGGAGGAGUCGACCGAUACUCAAUGAUGAUCAUUGGAAAAUACUUCGAAAGCGUCAAAGAUUUCAAAGUUGUUAUGAUGGUUAGUCGAAAAUUCAAUUUGUUGAGCGAAAUGUACCACUUCAAUCCAGUACCUUUGACAUCACUAAAGGAAAACAAAUUGUUCCCAAACAUCGAGACUUACCAUCUCUACUCAAAGAGUGAUUUUGACUUGGAAUUUCCAAACAAGGUUAUUCAUUAUUUAAUGACUUACGAAGACGCAAUUGGUCUUCCACAGAACAUAGAGUGCACAAAUGUUGCGUUUAGUCGAGAAGAUGUCAAACUCUUUGGUGGUGAAAUACCAACUUCAAAAGAGGUGCAGUCGUUGUCAUCGUCAUGUUUUAAGUCAUCAACUGAACAGCGAUGUGUCGUUCCACAAAACAUUAAAGUGAUUGGAGACGAGUGUUUUUCACUCUCUGGUAAACUCCACGCAAUUUCACUGUCAAGCAAUAUAACUGUAAUACCACAGAGAUGCUUUUGGGGAUGUCGGAGACUUAGUGCGAUUGAAAAUUGUCGUCAAAUACUUGUUGUUAAGGAUGAAGCGUUUUCAGAGUGUAACUCUCUUCGCGAUAUUUCCAUUGAAAGUGUUGAAGCACUUGGUUAUCACUCCUUUUAUCAAUGCAAAAAAUUGACUUCUAUUUCUUUCGGAAGCACACUUUCUUCACUUGGGUGUGGCUGUUUCUGUGAGUGCAUUUCGCUUUCAGAAAUCACUUUACCACUUAAAGUUACUGUGUUACCAAAGUCUUGUUUCGCUGACUGUUCGAAUUUGCACACCAUCAACGGGAACAUCACAAAGUAUGGCAGUGGUGCUUUGUACAACACUCAAAUGAACCCAACUCCAUUACUUCGUCUUGCGUUUCGAAAGGCAUUUUGA